CGGAUCCGCUCCGGCUCUAGAGAAACCUUGCUCUCUGCUUCUGCAUUCUGAACACACACUCUCUGUCUCCUUUGUUUCUUCUUUCCUUUUCUUUUUUCUGCAAAACAAAAACGCUGCGCAACGAGCUUUCUCGUUGCGCCACAAGUUGUGCGUGUUCCCGCCUUUCUGCCCUCCCCCCCCCCAGGCCAGCUCGACCUAAACCCGUUCCCCUGCACGUGUGUACCUCAUUUCCCGCCAGACAAGACGUAUCCCUGUAUACAACUGUCUUUUCGCGACGUACUUCUUUCCAACGGGGGCGUCCUCCAGGCAGAACUCUUGCACUCUGUUCUCUGAUCGGCCACGCGACGACGUGGAGGAGGAAACGGCCUUGACGGAGAGCAAAUCCUCGAGUCUCGAGGCCUGUGGGCCAUUCCUGCCGCGUAGAUCUUCACCAUGGCGACGAGCAACGCAAUCAAAGUCGUCGCGCGUUUUCGGCCGCAGAACAAGGUCGAGAUAGCGAGUGGUGGCCAGCCCGUGGUGACUUUCGAAUCCGACGACACUUGCAAAAUCCAGUCCGAUGGCGCCCAAGGAGCAUUCACCUUCGACCGUGUCUUCGGCAUGGACUCGCGUCAGCACGAGAUCUUCGAUUACUCGAUCAGAUCGACCGUCGACGACAUCAUGGAUGGCUACAACGGCACCGUCUUCGCCUACGGUCAGACAGGCGCUGGCAAAUCAUAUAGCAUGAUGGGCAGCAUGGACGACCCAGAACAGAAAGGCAUCAUCCCCCGCAUAACGGAGCAGAUCUUCGCCGCCAUUCAGAACGGCUCGGACACCAUAGACUGGUUGUUGAGGGUCAGCUACAUGGAGAUCUACAUGGAGCAGAUUCGUGACCUGCUCAAGCCGGCCAACAGCAAUCUGCCGAUUCACGAAGAGAAGGGCAAGGGCGUGUACGUGAAGGGCUUGACUGAACUGUACGUCCAGAGCGCCGAGGAGGUCUACGAGAUCAUGAGAGUGGGUGGCGAGGCCAGGAAAGUCGCAAGCACAAACAUGAAUCAAGAGUCGUCCAGGUCGCACUCGAUAUUCGUGAUCAAUGUAGAGCAGGAGAACCGCGAGACCAAGAGCAAGAAGAGCGGUACCUUGUUCCUUGUCGAUCUUGCCGGCAGCGAGAAGGUUGGCAAGACGGGCGCGAGCGGUCAAACGUUGGAGGAGGCGAAGAAGAUCAACAAGAGCUUAAGUGCCCUCGGCAUGGUCAUCAACGCGCUUACCGACGGGAAGAGCUCGCACAUCCCGUACCGAGACUCGAAGCUCACGCGUAUUCUGCAAGAGUCUCUUGGUGGUAACUCGCGAACGACCCUCAUCAUCUGCUGUUCUCCCAGUUCUUUCAACGACCAGGAAACACUUUCCACACUGCGUUUCGGGACGCGAGCGAAAGCGAUCAAGAACAAGGCCAAGGUCAACGCUGAGCUUAGUCCGGCAGAGCUCAAGAAUAUCAUCAAGAAGUAUGAGCUCCAGAACGCGAGCAUGGCCAAGUGGAUUGCCCUCGCGAAUCCUGAGCUGAUCAGAUGGCACGCUGGCGAAACUGUCGCGAAGGAGGACUGGACUCCAAAUUGGGCGUCUGGUGACACGUCUCUCAAGAAGCUUGCAGACAAGACGGCACCGGGAACGCCAGGCAGGAUUCAGAACGAAGAACGAGCGGAGACGCCAAGCUCCAGACCGGACUCACGACUGGAGCUCGAGCGCUCGGCCACGCCCAGCGUGCUGGACAAGGAUGAGCGAGAGGAGUUCUUGCGACGGGAGAAUGAAUUGCAAGAUCAACUCGCGGAGAAAGAAAGCGCUCUAGCCCUUGCCCAGAAGGGCUAUCAGUCAGUCAAAGAAGAAUUGGCUGCUCUGCGGGAGCACGAUGCACAGAUGUCAAGCAGCAACCAGAAACUGAGCUCCGAGAUCCACGAUCUUCAGAUGCAGCUCGAUCGGAUAAAGUUCGACAUGAAGGAGGAAGGCAUCUCCAUGGACUCGCUCAAGGAAGCCAACGCAGAGCUCACCGCUGAGCUUGAUGAAGUCAAGCAGCAACUGCUGGACGCCCGGACGGCUGCGAGGGAACAUGGCGCUGGCUUCGAUGAGAAGGAGAGGUUGAAGAGAGAACGCAUGGCCAAGAUGAUGGCUGGCUUCGAUCUUGGUGGCGAACUCUUCAGCGACAAUGAGCGCAGCAUUCGCAAGACGAUCGAGCAAAUCGACGCUCUGCAGGAGGGAGAGUCGAUUUCUCCCGAGGAUCUCAAGGAGCUGAGAAGGAGGCUACUCGAGACGCAAGGCAUCGUGCGGCAGGCCGAAACCUCGAUUACACAAAAGGCCGAGCAAGAGGAAGCCGCGUUGCUGCGACGCGAGGCUCUCGAACGACAGCUAUCCAAGGUGCAGGCCGAGUACGAAGCAUUCCUGGAGGGCAAGCUGUCAGCGGACGACGUGGAAGACGUCAAGGCACGCCUUGCUGACUCGUUGACAUCACGGCAAGCCAGCGAGGCUGAGCACCUUGCUGAGCUGCGCGAAGAUCUUUCACGGAAGACAGAGGAAAACAAGAAGCUGGCUCAGGAGAUUGAGAUCUUACAGCAGCGCCUCAAGGCUAGCUCUGCAGCCAACGGCGUCGCAGUCAACGGCACAGUUGGUAAUAAGACGGUGCAGCAGCAAUUCGCCGAAUUUGAGGUCAUGAAGAAGAGCUUGAUGAGGGAUCUGCAAAAUCGCUGCGAAAGGGUUGUCGAACUCGAGAUCUCUCUCGACGAAACGCGCGAGCAGUACAACAAUGUGCUCAGGACAUCCAACAAUCGCGCCCAGCAGAAGAAGAUGGCUUUCUUGGAACGCAACCUGGAGCAGCUCACGGUUGUACAACGCCAGCUUGUCGAGCAGAACAGCCAGUUGAAGAAGGAAGCCGCCAUUGCCGAGCGCAAGCUGGCUACUCGGACAGAACGGAUCAGGAAUUUGGAGGCAUUGCUGCAUGACAGCCAAGAGAAGUUGACGGCAGCUAGUCAUCGAUUCGAAGUCCAACUGCAGUCGGUCAAAGAGCGGUUGGAAGCCGCCAAAGCCGGGUCAACUCGCGGACUGGGUAUCGGAGGUAUCGGAGCGCCCGGUGCUGGAGGUUUCAACUUCGGCGGACCCAGAAUUGCCAAGCCGCUGAGGGGUGGCGGAGGAGGCGAGAUUCAGCAUCCUGGAGUGCACUCACUCCAAGCAAACUCGGAGGGUGGAAACAAGAGAAACAGCUGGUUCUCAAACCUGCGAUCGUAGCGUCUUCCUCAUGUUCAAUCAGGGGCGUUACCACAGGCACGGCAAUUCAGUUGUGUAUGAAUGCAUGAACGUAUAGACGAGCCAGAUACGAAAGAGUAGCAUUGGGUCCCGGAUCUGGUCGGAUUGGGAUGAAUGAAUUGAGGGGGGGAGGCGUUUUGCUUUCUUUCCCCUGAGGUCACUGGCGGUGUUGUUUGCUCUCGUCUCAGAAGUCUGAUACCACGCGCGAGUAUUUUCCUUGUUUCUUGCCGAAAGGAUCACAGUAGACUGUACAGGUGAAUGGUGCAACUUGCAUAAUCUGCUUCAGAGAUACUCAGUAGAACGAAUGACAGGUCUUCUGUACUCAA